UGCAUGCACCAAUUCGUCAUUGUGUGGCUUAAAGCUGUAGCUGAAUGACUAAUCAUUUCAACCAGCCACAGCUAAAGUUUUCACCGCUUUUCCUUUCCACCGGCAGAACCCGCAAUCUUCAAAAAAAGUUUCUCAGUCCCAAAUCCGAUUUUCCAAUCCCCAGCUCUUCAAUUUCGCAUUCCUCAUCUACUUAUAACACAAUGCAUAAACAAAAAGCUCCCAAGGGCGCAUCGAAAGAUGCCUCCUCUACCGCGGAAGUUAAUGAUCCUCGAUUUUCUAAUUUUUCGACCGAUCCACGAUUUCGUCUUCCUUCUAAAAAACAAGCUCGGACGAAGAUUGAUAAACGAUUUUCGCGCAUGUUGAAAGAUGAGGAUUUUUCUAAUUCGGCAAAGGUUGAUCGAUAUGGAAGGAAAUUGAGUGUUAGUGGGAAGAAAAAGGCGCUUGAGAGAUUGUAUGUUGAUGAGGAUGAGGAAGAUGAGGAGGAGAGUGAGAGUGAAAAUGGAAAUGAGCCUAGAGAAGAUGUGGAAGUGGAGGAUGAUGAGGUAGUGGAAAAAGAAUUGAGAAAAGCAGCUGCGGCGUAUGAUCCUGCGAGAGGUGGUGGAUUUUCUUCCUCGGAAGAUGAGGAUGAGGACGAGGAUGAAGAUGGAGGGGUGGAAAUUGAAGAGGAAGCUUUUCCGGAUAUGCAAGCGGAGCAGCAGACUGUUGAGAUGGGGGAAGUUUCUUCGAGAAUCGCGGUGGUUAAUUUAGAUUGGGAUAAUAUUCGAUCGGUGGAUUUAAUGGCUGUUUUUCAGAGUUUUGUUAAGCCUGGAGGAAAGAUUCAUAAGAUUUCUAUUUAUCAGUCUGAAUAUGGAAAAGAAAGGAUGGAGCGGGAGGAAUUGGAGGGUCCACCAAAAGAAAUUUUUGCGAAGAAACAAGGGGAAGAGGUUGAGGAGGAGGAGGAGGAAGAUGGCGAGGAUACAGAUGACGAAGAACUGGAGGAGAAAAUUAAGAGGGAUCUACAAAAAGGAGACGAAGGCAACGAAUUCGACAGUGCGGCUUUACGACAAUAUCAGCUGGAAAGAUUACGAUAUUUUUACGCCGUUGUUGUUUGUUCAGACGAGAAAACCGCAGAGAACAUUUAUCAGAAAUGUGAUGGGACAGAGUAUUUGAGCUCUGCGAACUUCUUCGAUUUACGAUUUAUCCCGGAUGGUACUGAUUUCGAUGAUAAACCAAGAGAUGAAUGUACGGAGGUACCUACAGGAUAUAAACCUACAGAAUUUGUUACAGACGCGCUUCAACAUUCUAAAGUCAAACUCACAUGGGAUAUGAACCCUGAGGAAGCAAGCCGAAAAGAUGCAAUUAAUCGAGCAUUUACUGGUAGUCGAGCAGAAAUUGGCGAAAAUGAUCUACGGGCAUACUUGGGAAGUGAUUCGGAAGAUGAUGAGGAAGAGGAAGCGGCUGAGGAGGAUACCCCUAAAUUAUCGAAGAAGGAGUUGGAAAGACAGAAACUUCGUGCGGCUCUAGGACUUGGCGAUGAGCCAACGAAGAAGAAGAAAGCUAGUGGCCCAGUCGGUGAUAUGGAGAUUACAUUCACAGCUGGCCUAACUGGCACUACCAAAGGAAGCAUCUUCGAAAACGAACCCAUACCCAAUGAAACCACAGCCGAAGCAUAUAUCCGUAAGGAAAAAGAACGAAAAGCCCGAAGAAGAGAAAAAGCAAAGGCACUCCGUGAAGGGAAAGAUCCAAAUGCUUCUGGCGAUGAAGAAGAAGCCGAAGAAGCCAAGGAAGAUCUCGGAUUCGACGAUCCCUUCUUCGCAACAGAUGAAGCCACCAAAUCUAAAGCAGCUAAAUCAUUGCGAAAAGAAGAACGCAAGAAGAAACACGAGGCCAAACUUAAGGAAGCCGAAGAAAAAGCUUCGAAUCGUGCAGAAUUGGAAUUACUUAUGCAAGAUAAUUCGACGGAUAAAGUGGAACAUCUGGAUCAUUUCGAUAUCGCGGAGAUUCAACGGGCGGAGAAAGCAAAAAAGAAGAAGGGUAAGAAAGGGAAGAAAGGUGAAGAAGCAGAAAGCAAAAGAGGUGGUUUACAAGAAAAUUUCCAAAUGGAUGUUGGUGAUGAGAGAUUCGGAGAUGUGUUCAAAAAUCAUGAGUAUGCUAUUGAUCCUAGUAAUCCAAAGUUUAAGGGCACGGAAGGUAUGAAGAAAUUGUUAGAAGAAGGAAGGAGAAAGAGGGGUGGAGAGAAUGAUGGCGAGGUUGAAAUUAAGACGAAGAAUAAGAAGAGGAAGGUUGAGGGGGAGAAGGAAGAAAAGGCUGAUCUUAGUAGUUUGGUGGAGAAAGUUAGGAAGAAGUCAAAGAUUGGGAAAUAAUUAAUUGGUAGUUUUAGUUGUAGCUGUAGCUGUAGCUGUAGCUGUAGCUGUAGCUGUAGCCGUAGCCGUAGCCGUAGCUGUUAUGUAGCUGGAGAGUAAACAAUUUCUUAUAAGAUUAGUAAAUUGAUACCUACUGUUAAUUCUUUUGGUUGGUGAGGCUCUCUUAAUCUAUACUGUAUC